AUGGCGACCAGCGUUGGCUUCUUUCACCCUUCCUUGAAGCACGUUCGACGCGAAGCGAUGGCGAAAUGGACCCUCACAACUGCUACCCUGAUGUUUUUCAUACUCGGCAUCCUGUCGAUCUAUUGGGGCGCUUUGUUCAAAGCAGAGCAGAACCUGUCGAAACUGGUCAUCUAUGUGAUCGACUUUGACGGCCAAUCGGCGCCUUACAACACGAAUGGGUUACAGCCCUUUGUGGGCCCAACCAUUGUGCAGCUGGCUCAGCAGAAGGUCAACAGUGGGAUGCCCCAUCUGGGGUAUGAAAGCCUGCCAGCGGCCAACUUUGGUUACGAUCCGAUAGGUGUGCGACAGGCAGUCUACGACAACGAGGCAUGGGCGGCAAUCAUCAUCAACCCCAAUGCCACCGCGAUGCUGUACUCGGCCGUGCAGAACGGAAACGUUUCGUACGACCCAAUGGGAGCCUGUCAGCUGGUAUAUCAGGAUUCCAGAGACGACACAGCCUGGUUCGACUUUAUAUACCCUGAAAUAUCGCCGCUCAUGACCGAAGCUACUUCGAUGGUCGGCCGUCAGUGGGCGAGUAUGGUCAUGCAGAAUGCCACGAAUGAUGACACCCUGGUGCGGAAUUUGGCGAAUGUGCCGCAGGCUCUCAGUCCAGCCAUUGGCUUCUCUCAGUACAAUCUACGUCCGUUCUAUCCAUUCACCGCGAUUCCGGCAGUCUCGAUUGGCCUUAUUUACUUAAUCAUCGUCUCGUUCUUCUCAUUCUCUUUCUACCUUCCGAUCCAUAUGAAGUUUCUGAAGCCGGAAGGACACGCGCCUCUGAAGUUCUGGCAGCUCAUCAUAUGGCGAUGGUUUUCCACCAUCUCUGCCUACUUUAUGCUGUCGCUCGCAUACUCCCUCAUCAGUCUGGCGUUCCAGAUCAACUUCUCUGGCGGGAACCCGGUAUCCUCGCACACCGAAGUCACGUCAACGGUGGAUGGCAACUCGAACCCGACGGCUUUCGGACAUGGCACCUUUCCCGUCUACUGGAUGCUGAACUUUUUCGGCAUGAUAGCGUUGGGCCUCGCCUGCGAGAACAUGACGAUGUUCGUCGGCCAACCCUGGACUGCACUGUGGCUCAUCUUCUGGGUCAUUACUAACGUUUCGACUGCAUUCUACAACAUUGACAUUGAGCCCGACUUCUACCGCUGGGGAUAUGCAUGGCCUCUGCAUUACAUCGUCGAGGCCAGUAGGACGAUAUUGUUCGAUUUACAUAGCCAGCUUGGCUUGGACUUUGGCGUGCUGAUUGCCUGGGGUGCUGUGAAUACUGCAGUUUUUCCAAUUGCGUGUUGGUUCAUGAGGUGGAAGACGCAGCACGGAGUCCACGAGUAUUACCAUUAA